AGUGAUAAUAAACUUGAUUCUGAUUCAUGGAAAGAGAUCAUGUGCACACCGGCCAAUAAUGGUUACCCAUGCUUCCCCAUGAGUGGUUUGUUGAUAUAAUGAUAAACAUUUUACAUAAUUGAAUGUCAGCUGUUGUUGGACCUCAAGACCUUCAAAAACACGGCACGAUAGCAAACCCGGGGCCACAGUGAAUAAAAGCAAAGAAUAUUGGAAACGCGCAGCAGACAGAAAUCCGCUUAAAGCACCAUGUCGUCAGAGCAGAGCGAGACAUCACCCUCACAGCCACCUCACUUGCCUCGAGCACAGGUGUCCCCUCCUUUACUCUACUGCCGUGACAGUCCCAAAACUUGGGAGCGUAACAACUCUCUCCUGGGGGACCUGCCCAGCCCUCUCCCCACCAAGCGCACCCGUACCUACUCUGCCUCCGCCCGGGCAACCCUUGGCCCCAUCUCCAAGGGCAGGUGUAAGUGCUUCUCCAGGUCACAGGGUCACGGGUUCAUCACCCCCUCGGACGGGAAGGAGGACAUCUUCGUGCACAUCUCCGACAUCGAGGGGGAGUACGUGCCGGUGGAAGGAGACGAAGUCACGUACAAGGUGUGCGCCGUCCCGCCCAAGAACAUAAAGUUCCAGGCUGUCGAGGUGGUCAUCACCCACCUGGCCCCGGGAACUAAGCACGAGACCUGGUCUGGGCAGAUCAUCGACUCCUGAAGCAGCAGGCAGGUUGGGAUCUGAAGGUCUGAAAGACUGGCUCCAUCAGCAGGACUUUUAAAACUGCAAAUCGACACAAAAUUAAUUGUGGGGAGAAUAUGUGAUUUGUGAGUUGUGUAUUGUAAUAGACUUUACAGGUUAUGGUUUAAAAAAGGAUUAUACUGUAUAUAACACAAAGCUAUAGGCUAGGGAAGGGGGUGUGAGAAUGGCUUUAUCCAUAUCUUUAACCAUUUUGCUCCUGCCAGCUCCUCCGAAUAGGCCCCAAGGCAAAUAAAUUCUACUUAA